UCCCUCCCGUCCCCCCCAGCUCCUCGCCUCCGACUGCCUCCCCCUCCACGCCCGCCCUCUCGCCUCGCCGUCCCGAAGUGGAUUAAUUAUACGCUUUCUGUUUCUCUCUGCGCUGUUCUCCCCCGCUGCGAGCCUGCCCGCCUCUCGCUGUCCUCUCUCCCUCUCGCCCUCUCUUUGGCCCCCCCCUUUUCACGUUCUCUCUGUGUCUCUCACUAUCUCUGCCCCCCUCUAUCCUUGAUACAACAGCUGACCUCAUUUCCCGAUACCCUUUCCCCCCCUAAAAGUACAACAUCUGGCCCGCCCCAGCCCGCAGACAGCCCGCCCUCCCCAAACAAUCAGACGAGUCCCCCCCCCCAAAAAAAAGCCAUCCCCCCGUUCUGCCCCGUCGCACAUUCGGCCCCCGCGACUCGGCCAGAGCGGCGCUGGCAGAGGAGUGUCCGGCAGGAGGGCCAACGCCCGCUGUUCGGUUUGCGAUACGCAGCAGGGAGGUGGGCGGCAGCUGCGCCGGCUUCCAGAUGCCGAUGGGGGUCCCGAUGGGGAAGCCGAUGCUGGUGCUGCUGACCUUCUUGGCCUUGGCCUCGUGCUGCUUUGCUGCUUACCGCCCCAGUGAGACCCUGUGCGGCGGGGAGCUGGUGGACACCCUCCAGUUUGUCUGUGGGGACCGCGGCUUCUACUUCAGCAGGCCGGCAAGCCGCGCGAGUCGCCGCAGCAGCCGUGGCAUUGUGGAGGAAUGCUGUUUCCGCAGCUGUGAUCUGGCCCUUCUGGAGACCUACUGUGCCACCCCCGCCAAGUCCGAGAGGGACGUGUCGACCCCUCCGACCGUGCUUCCGGACAACUUCCCCAGAUACCCCGUGGGCAAGUUCUUCCAAUAUGACACCUGGAAGCAGUCCGCCCAACGACUGCGCAGGGGCCUGCCUGCCCUCCUGCGCGCCCGCCGGGGUCGCAUGCUCGCCAAGGAGCUCGAGGCGUUCAGAGAGGCCAAGCGUCACCGUCCCCUGAUCGCCCUGCCCACCCACGACCCCGCGGCCCACGGGGGCGCCUCUCCGGAGGCGUCCGGCAAUCAGAAGUGAGCCAAAAUGUCGCGUAAUUCUGCAAGAUGGCACCGUCCACCUAGUGCCCUCCUCUUGACCAGGGGCCGUUCCACCGGGCCCCGCCUCUGACAUCUCUCGGGAUCGCGUUCCCUCUGCGGGCUCCCCCAUCCCCAGCCCCCGUGCCCCAACCUCCCCAUGUCAGGCUCUUCUCUCCUUGGCCCCCUCCAUCGGGCUGAGGAGAUCCUAGCAACAUCUCUAAAAGUGUACAAACUCGAUUGGCUUUAAAUAUCCCCCAAAUUAUCCCCAAAUUGUACCAUCAAAAAAACUAAAACUACAAACCCCUAAAUCUCUCUCUCUCUCACACACACACACACCAGUCCCCUUAAAAUGAAUUGGCUUUUUAGAAACACCAGGAACGUUAAUUAGCUAAAAACAAAAACAAAAUAAACUAAAAUUAUCAAUUGGCUAAAAAAAAAAAACCCAAAAUGAAUUGGCUUAAAAACAAUUGGCAUCAUGAAAGAAUUAGGCCCCUCCCUUCCUUCUCUUCCCCAGGGACCUCGAGUCAGAUUGGCCAUGGGCUCGGGCGCCUGGCCUCCAGGAGAAAGGAAGGGACCCCAAAUCUACAGGUAGGCACGUCAUGGUCCACUGCCGGCUCUGGCCUCCUCAGGCAAAACUCUGGUCGCGUUUGGGGAGAAUUGGUCAUCCUCAGAACAGCAAAGCCCCAGACUCAUUCCUUGCUCUAUUUCCCAUCCUCGAAAGUCACCAUGGAGCUAGAUGGGGGUUCCCAGUGAGACCGAAGGAGGGGAGAACAGAACAUGAACACCGAAAUUCGUGAAAAUAAACUUUAAUUGGCACAAACCCCCAUACAGCCUAAAAUCCAUCCUCCCAAAACCCACAUAUCCCAAAAUCUUACAUCUCAAUUUCCACCCUAAAAAACAUCCACACACCCACAUGUAUCCCUGCAGACACCCCCUUACAUGCAUGCACACGCACACACACCC